AGUAAAGUACUAGGGCGCGCCAGGGAGGGGAAACCACGGUUGGUGAGCACCGCUGGGGCACCUCGCUGUGCUGCUGCAAGAUGAUUGGGGUCCUGCUCCUGCUCCUCCUUCUCCCCCUUCUCCUAUUCAUCGCUGCACCCCAAAUCAGGAAAAUGCUAUCCAACGGGGUGUGUACAUCAACUGCCCAGCUUCCAGGGAAGGUGGCAGUGGUUACUGGUGCCAACACAGGCAUCGGGAAGGAGACAGCCAAAGAGCUGGCUCAAAGAGGAGCGCGUGUCUAUAUAGCUUGCCGGGAUGUGCAAAAGGGGGAAUUGGUGGCAAAAGAGAUCCAGACCAUGACAGGGAACCAACAGGUAUUCGUGCGGAAACUGGACUUGGCUGAUACUAAAUCUAUUCGAGCCUUCGCUGAGGGCUUCUUAGCAGACGAAAAGCAUCUCCACAUAUUGAUCAACAAUGCAGGAGUGAUGAUGUGUCCCUACUCCAAGACUGCAGAUGGCUUUGAGAUGCAUAUAGGAGUCAACCACUUGGGUCACUUCCUCUUGACCCAUCUGCUGCUAGAGAAGCUGAAGGAAUCAGCCCCAUCAAGGGUAGUGAACGUGUCUUCCUUAGCACAUGCCCUGGGAAGGAUCCAUUUCCAUAAUCUUCAGGGCGAGAAAUUCUACAGUGCAGGUCUGGCCUACUGCCAUAGCAAGUUAGCCAACAUUCUCUUCACCAAGGAACUGGCCCGGAGGCUAGAAGGCUCUGGCGUUUCAGUGUAUUCUGUACACCCUGGCACAGUCCACUCUGAAUUGGUUCGGCACUCAUUUUUCAUGAGAUGUAUGUGGCGGCUUUUCUCCUUCUUCAUCAAGACCCCUCAGCAGGGAGCCCAGACCAGCCUGCACUGUGCCUUAGCAGAAGGUCUUGAGAACCUAAGUGGGAAUCAUUUCAGUGACUGCCGGGUGACGUGGGUCUCUGCCCAGGCUCGGAAUAUGACAAUAGCAAGGCGGCUAUGGGACGUCAGCUGUGACCUGCUGGGCAUCCCUCUGGAUUGACAGGUGGUGGCCGUUGGACCCAAGAGAAGUGUGCAGCAGACUACUCAGUGCUCCCUGCCAAAAUGACUCUCCUUCAGGGUGGCCAAACCUUGAGCACAAAGGGAGCAAACCUCCGGCCUUGGCAGCUCUCUGAGAGAAGCCCCGUGCGCACUGCCAGGCAUCGCCACGCCUUGCAUCUGUCCAGAUCAACUUUGCUCCCCUCCUUGCCAGUUACUAGAGAUAUCACAGGACAAGUACCCCCUCGGGACCGCCAGCUCAUCUGUUCCCUCUGAGACCCACCGCCUAGGAGAACCUAAGCUCUGGCAGGGUUGAUUUGUGGCAGUUUGGACUCAUUUCUACCCUCUCUGUUCACGGUGUAUUGUCUCCCAACCAAACAACCUUCACUUGGAGAGGGCCACGCUACAGCCUGAGCUGGAUCCAGGAGUGAUGCUGGCUCGCUUGGCUCAAGAGCAGGGCUUGUCCCUCACCUCUUAAGAAAACCGUCGUAGGGCCAACAUCUGGAUUCUUUCAGGAAAUGUAACUGAAUCUGGAUUGUGGGAUGGCUCUCUCUCUCUGACAACCUAAAGCCACUGCUCAGACACGUUCCCAUGCCUAGACCAUGGAAGAGCUUCCUUUUCUAAGAAGUUUGGAGGUUUGGGAGGAUGGCAGAAACAUGGGGGAAGGCAGAAAUAAAAAUGAAGUUUAAACUCUCAUUUCCCUGCUAUUUCUCUGACCAGCAAGGAGGUAAUGAAAGGAUCCGUUUGAGAAGGUAGGCAGGCCUCCUGACAUCAGUUACUGACCCCAGACCCAUGGAGGCCUCCUUUUUGUGCUGUAGUUUCUCUUUGGUGAUUGUUAUUGAAUAUAUGUGUUCCUAUGUACUUUUGCAGUUGGGAGUAUUGUCACAAAAUUUGAAGUAGCCACAAAGGAACAGUAUUAAACUGGACCCUGAUGCAGGUAAAUGAUCAGAGAUGGAGCAAGCCAGUGCCAUCCAGUCUUUGAUACAAAUGGCUAGAGCUGCAAGGGGAAGCAGAUUCUGUUUAUGUUGAUAACUACCCACCAAGAAGCACAUGAGUAGCAGGAAUUCAAAGAUAAUAGGCCUGGAAGGUAAUGAAGGGACUAAAGGAUUUUUUUUU